AACACUUUCGCACCGGCCAACUCCCGAUCACCUUCCCUCCCCACAGAAAAGGGCUGGGCGAGGAUCACAAUCCAGGAUUGCAUGUCACGCUCGGGGCUAGCCGCCAUACAGAGAAACACUGGGUCGAAAGGUGAUGCGAAUCAAGCCUGAAAACUCUUCGCAAGGCAGAGCCUCUCCUUCUGGAGUACCCCGGCAGUCAGGCGAUUCUGGAGCUACGAUCCUGCUCGUGCGGAGUAGGACAAGAGAAACGCAGACGCCUUCUCGGCCCAAGCCAUACGGGAGCUCCGCACCUAAGGCACACCGUACAGGCCUCCCCCACAUGCAACGCGGCCACCAUGUCUCAUCCUCGAAAAUAAGCUCCCUGGAUGACAGAUGCCUCUGGUCACCAUUGAAGGCCAGCUUCUCUUUAAUAUUUUGAAACCGAUUUUCUUUCACUCCAGGCUUGUUCCUUGCCGCGGACCGAUUGGGCAGCGUGACUGCCUGUGGCGGUGCACUUAUCAGUUGUGGCGCUAGUGGCUAACCAUGGCUGAUCGUUGGCUGUUUUUAUGUUUGGCCUCUCACCAUCCCAACAAAAGGCUGGUUGACAGCCGUUUCCUUUCAGCUAUGUUUCAGCUCACAGCUUUCGUUAAUCUCUCCAAUCCAAACUAACACUACAUGCCACCCUGGAGUUCAGUUUGCGGGAGUGUGCUGGAGUCCCGGUGCAGGCACAAGGCUGACUUUGCACAGCCACACUAUCCCCGGGCCAAUUUGAGCCAGGGGCCCAAAGCAAAUCCAACUUUCCAUCCAUCUUUCGGACCUGAAAUGCUAGUUCAAGCGUUAUCUCGGCUUCGGUACGUAGCACGGAGUAGUCUUUCUGGGUUGGAUGGAGUAGGGCUAUCUCAGAGGUCGCUGCUUCGCCCUCUCCCGCUUACCAGCAAUUUCAUGCAUAAUCAUAAGCUGCUGCAUGGAGGUACGCUCUGUAUACACAUAUGGUAGUUAGUUUCACAGGCCGCGUGUACAGAGUAUUGUUAUCAAGUAUGCAAAAAAGUUCCCGGCUGAGAUCGGAACAGGGAAGGGCUAUGAGCGCCCCAUAAAGCCGAUG